AUGGGCAGAAAAUUCUUCGUUGGCGGCAACUGGAAAUGUAAUGGGACCACUGAAGAGGUGAAGAAGAUCGUGGAAACACUCAAUGCUGGUCAAGUCCCAUCUCCAGAUGUUGUGGAGGUUGUUGUCAGCCCUCCAUUCGUGUUUCUUCCGGUUGUUAAAAGUUCACUGAGACCUGAAUUCCAUGUCGCAGCCCAAAAUUGUUGGGUAAAGAAAGGGGGUGCUUUCACCGGUGAGGUUAGUGCUGAGAUGCUCGUCAAUUUGGGCAUUCCUUGGGUUAUUCUUGGUCAUUCUGAGAGGAGGGCUUUGCUAGGUGAAUCAAACGAGUUCGUUGGAGAUAAGGUUGCAUAUGCUCUUUCUAAAGGUCUAAAGGUCAUUGCUUGUAUUGGCGAGACUCUUGAGCAGAGAGAAGCAGGAUCAACAGUGGAUGUUGUUGCUACACAAACAAAGGCUAUUGCUGAACGGAUUUCUGAUUGGACUAAUGUUGUUUUGGCUUAUGAGCCCGUCUGGGCUAUUGGAACUGGGAAGGUUGCAACUCCCGCUCAGGCUCAGGAAGUACAUGCUGAACUGAGGAAAUGGCUUCAUGCAAAUGUUAGCCCUGAAGUUGCUGCAUCAACUAGGAUCAUCUAUGGAGGUUCCGUGAGUGGUGCCAACUGCAAGGAAUUGGCUGCAAAUCCUGAUGUUGAUGGCUUUUUAGUUGGCGGUGCUUCCCUCAAGCCCGAAUUCAUCGACAUUAUCAAGUCUGCUGAGGUGAAGAAAAGUGCUUGA